UUGGAUUUGAUCGUAACGUCAACUAUUACAAGAUUCAGUACGCGCAAUUGUGUAUCAACGAACACGACGCUCAAUUUAUAGCCACCAACUUGGAUGCUGUCACACACUUGACGGACGCUCAGGAAUGGGCUGGAAAUGGAAGUAUGGUGGGCGCCAUCAAAGGGUGCACUGGCCAGGAACCACUUGUCGUAGGCAAACCGAGUCCCCUGAUGAUUGAUUAUCUUGAAAACAAGUACGGGAUGGAUCGUUCCCGCAUUUGCAUGGUUGGAGAUCGCUUGGAUACGGAUGUGCUGUUUGGUACCGACAACGGGCUUAAAAGCUUGCUCGUUCUUUCCGGGGUGACGUCGGAAGAAAAGCUCCUGUCGCCCGAAAAUUCUAUUACGCCAGACUUUUACGCCGAUACUAUCAAUGCUUUUUUUGCCGCAUCGCCCGCCCCAAAGGAAGCUUAG